AUGAAAAAAUCUUCGUCAAAGUAGUGCACAUGUGUAGCCACACUUUAAAAAAAUAUAUAGCAGCUAUGUAGAAAAAUAAACACCACCACCCUAAAAAAAUCGAUUUAAAUUUUAGUCUUUCCGUCGAUGUACAAGCCCAAAGACAAAACGUAAAAAACUCACUUCAAAAUAGUUUAACAAGGUAAUAAUUGGUGCGUUUCAAUAAUAUAACUAAAAUGUACUAGCAAUCUACAAAAGUCCGCGCUAUACGAUGGAAGUCUUUAUUACAAACAAACACAUCGAGCUAGCUUCUGAACACAAUGAUCGUUUGCUUGGAAAUGGACUGGAGCGAGUAAUUAAAACAAUUGUUUCUGAAAACAUACAUCAUAUAGAAGUGAUGAAUUUUAUGAUCGCUGUACCAGAACAUGGAUUCCUCAACAAUAGCCACAACAUAAUGAUGUCUAUACGUUACCAGAUAUGUAUGAGAACAGUAAUAAGAUAUAAAUUAGGUAUUCCUACACCUAAUGGUCAAAACUUGAGUAUUGGAAACUUACAUUUAUCACGACUCGGAAAUGACAGAAGACUUCUAACUAGAAAUGCUUUAAAACAAAUAAUUAGCAACGCCUUGGAUGGAACUGACCCUAAUGUUACAUCACAACAAAUGUGUCGUUUCAUAGGAUUGUGGAUAAGUACGGAAAUCCCAACGUUAUAUAUAACAAAUGCUUAUAUUGACCCUUAUAUGAGUAGAGUUUGUAUCUUAAAGGAUAAAAACGAUCACGCUAUAAAAUACAGAACCUUUAAUGGCACAUAUUGUUUAAGGAAGUUGUAUUAUCAAGCUCCAAAAGUUAUAAUAAUGAAACUUUUUUGUAUUUUAAUAUCAUUUGUUUAUGUGAAUGUAUUCGCAAAUAUAGCGCGCUAUAGGAGGGAGGUCUUCAUUACAAACAAACACAUCGAGCUAGCUUCUGAACGUGAUAAUGAUUUACUUGGAAAUGGACUGGAGCGAGUGAUUAAAAAGAUUAUUAAUGAAAAUACUUUCCUAUUAGAUGUGAUGAAUUUUACGAUCGCUGUACCGGAGCAUGCAAAACUUAACGGCAGAAACAACAUAAUGAUGUCUAUACAUAACCAGCGACGUAUAAGAACAGAAAUAACACAUAUACUAGAUUUUGGAAACUCAAAUUUACCACAACUCGGAGAAGAGAGAAGACGUCUUACUGGAAAAGCUUUAAAACAAAUAAUUAUCCACGCGUUGGAUGGAACUGACCCUAAUGUUAUUUCACAACAAAUGUGUCGUUUCAUAGGAUUGUGGAUAAGUACGGAAAUCCCAACAUUAUAUAUGACAAAUACUUAUAUUGAUCCUGAUAUUAGUAGUGUUUGCAUUUUAAUGGAUAAAAGCAAUCACGCUGUAAAAUACAGAACCUUUAACGGCACAUAUUGGCAAGUAGACGUGAAUAACAUUGAAUUACAAAUAAUAGAACUAAAAGAUCAACUGCUUGUGCAAGAGUUAUCAUUUAUCAUAGUUAGAUAAUAUUUUACACUAGGAAAAGUAUAACUUUUCUAAAAAGUACUGUUAUGUUAUUAUAUUUUAAUAAUUUUUACAUAAUGUACCAAGUUCGA